CCGGACUGAAAGCUUGAUUUCCUGAAGCGCGUUCAACAUCCAAAGUUUGGGGCUCGUUUGUCGAGGCUUCGCCGCAGUGUUGGACAGCACGCGACAAUCACCCACGGCACAGCGUUGCAGCGACUGACUGUCCCGGAGCCAUUGAACGAACGAACGGAUUCGAAAAUGGGAUUGCUCAGCAUGCCGCGCGACUGAAGCCGACGGACCGGGCCCUUUGUUUGGCUCUCAACCCCGGAUAGCCCGGUCGAGGCGAGGGUUCGAUUUUUCGAGAUCGCAUGUGCUUUGCCAGCCUACUAAUGGGUGCACCGGCCGGUCACUGGUACCUGUCGCCCGUUUUCGGUCGAAAUGGCCCUCCUUAACCCGACUUUCAUCUUCGGCAUCGUCGUCCUCCUGUACCUCUCGUCGUUUGUCAUCUUCGCAGUCGUCCGCGUGAUUACGGGCAUCUCCAUCCAGCGAAUCGGGUACUUCUCCCUCCGGCGGCUCGCCUACACUCCCCGCGAUGGCGUCCGGAUUGAAAUCAGGGGUCUGGGCCUCAACGUCCACCGCCCCACCUUCGCCCAGCCGACCUGGUUGAGUAUCGUGGUGGACGAGCUCGCCGUCACGGUGGACAUUGGAGAACUCGAGAGGGCCAAGGCAAAAGAGGCUGCGCCUGAAGAGGGGGAUUCCGACUCGGAUGUGGCCGAGCGCGAUCCCAGACCGGGCACACCAAAGCCUCCAAAGACACCGAGGCUUGUUCGGCGCGAUACCAGCCCGGAUGAACGGAGCAAGACAUGGGAGCGGUUGACAAGGGUCAAGGAGCGCAUCAAGCGCCUGCACCGGAGGGUGAAUUGGCUUCGCAUGGUUGACGUUGUGGCCACCAACUCAACUGUCUGUUUCUCGGGUAUUGGAAACCUACAAAUGGGCAGCUUCACUGUUGCAGUCGACACUCGUCGGAAAAUGGUUGACCGUGCCCGUUUCUUCCUGUCUGGAAGCUCCGAGAGGCGGCAUCAGAACCAACAGGCCGAGUGGAUCAUGACGCUCCGCAGUGUCUUGUUCAUGGCAGAAGGAGGGGAGUCGCAGGAAGUACUGGAUAGCGCUACGCUGAACAUCCACGGUUAUCUGUACGAGGCACUCGAUGGCCUUCGCGACACUGCGAUAGCCCUUAAGCUCGGCCGGCUCCAUAUUCCGUACGACGAUGUCCGUCACAGCUUCGCUCAAUACAAGAGGAUUAGGUCGCAAACAGACCAGAAUUUCGCCGAGUUAGAUCCUGUCGACGUGGUCGUCGACCGAGUGAUCCAGGAAAUCGACGCGCCGGGAACCACAGAUCACGAAUUAAUGCAGACAGUUUCUGACUCCAAGGAGCUUGUAAGCUCCGUCCUCAGGGGAAUCAAGGAGGUCCAGUUUGCUGUCAGCUUCGUCGGGCUGAGCAAAAAGAUCGAGUCUGUCAAGCCUGCAGGCACUCCGGUUGUUCUCACAGCGUCCAUGAAAGAAGUGGGCAUCGACCUCCAUCGGCUUGACCCGAAGUCAGCGGCACACAGGAUGUACUUUCCUUCCACGGACAUUGCUCAUGAGGCCCUAGCUGCUGCGCUCUCGAUAUCCGUCGGUCUCGACGACGGGCACAGUAAACCUGAGCGCAUCAUGUACAUACCCAUGGCUACUACCACGGCCAGGACCACGCUCCCUUCGAAAACGGUCGAGUUAGCCAAUGAGGGCACCGCCGAGCAGCGGAACGCCAAUAUCCUCUUUGCAAACUCCGUCGUGACCUCACCGUCUGUCGACCUUGACCCACGGCAUCUCCCUCUUCUUCUGGCGAUGCUAAGGCGGAAACCAAAACCAGCAAAGGCGCGUCCCCAGCGACGGCACAUGCUCAUAUCUCGACUCCUUCCCAAAGCAACCUAUAAAUUCUCCAUGCACGAGCCUGUGUUGAGGAUAGCGCUCCCGCCGGUCCAAAAGUCGCCGGACCCUGAUGAGUUCGAUUUGAUCAUUUCAUCAAUAUCGUCUAUCUCCUUGGACAUGGAGUCAUUCCAUUCAACCGUGGAAGAGCUCCAUUACUCCCUGGCCGCUACCAUGAGAGUUCAGACGCACAAUCUGUACUACCAAACUUCCGCCGGAAGCAGGUUUGAUCUUCUUGAAACGGAGACCUUUGACCUUAGAGUGCAGCUCAAUGCCUCGCCCAACGUUCAAGUGAUUGCCACUGGAAACCUCGAGACCUUCACCUUGAAGAUGGUCAGGGAAGAGAUCCGCGAUGGCUUGCGCCAAAUCGUGCGCCAGCUGCGUCUCGACGUUGAACCUGACAAAUUUGCUGUCCCGAAGACAGCGAAACACUCCAACCUUCUGCGCGAUCUACCCGACUGGCUACUGCAUUUCCAGCUGCAAUGCUCCGACUGCAGUAUCGAAGUUGCGGGAGUGGACAUGGAGAUAUCCGAAGACUCGAGAGGUGUUGCCAUUCAAUUGGACUCAUGGUCAGCCGACUAUCGCGCCCAACGACUGGACGGUCUGCAGAGGCGGCCUUCCCGACGCAGAGCCAGCAGCCGCAGUAUAAUGUCCCCUGAGACAGAACUGCUGCGGGCCGUCCCCGCGUCUCCAAGGAAAAGGUAUUACCACGAGGGCGACGGUCGCCGAGUCUCCCUGCAAGCUCGGGGCUUUGAGGUCUUUAUGGUCGAGUCGGCUGAGAAAUGGGAGUUUGAGCCGUUUAUAAAGAUUCCCAGGCUCGAGGUCGCUUUCUCCACCUUGAGCGACCACCAGGGGCCGGUCUUCCACAUCCAGUCGCACAUCAGGUCCCUUCUCGUCCAGUACUCUCUUUACCGCCACUACGCCGUAGGGGUAGCUGUUUCGGCCUUGCGGAAAGCAUUUAUGAGGACGAGCACGGCCAGGACAGGGACCAUGACCCCGCCAAUGUCUCCUCAACGACGGGUGGUGGGCCACCUCUCGCCGCCUCCCAUGGGCAGUUCUUCCGAAUUCACCAUUGGCGAUUCUGAUUUUUGGCGGGCGACACCGGAGCUCGUCGCUGUCGAUUUCAAGGCUACUCUCAUCCAGAUCAAGGCCGAUUUUCCCUCGGACCCUCCAUUGAUGCUUCAUGUCUACAAUGUGGAAGCGGGACGCCAUCGAUGGUCCCCUCCGUUCCUCCAGGCCAAGCUCAUCCGCCUAUAUGCCGAAGGCCCUAGGAUGCGCAGGGUUUGGGCGAGGAUUGUCAGCGUGAAAAGUAUUCGGUUAGACUACCGCGAAUCACGGCAUAAGCUUGCCGGCGGUGGACUGCGGGAAGAACAAUAUUUUGAUGUCGCCACAGACAACAUCCGUUUGGCUGUACCCCACGAGAUGGUAGUCUACAAGAUCACAGACAACCUUGUCAACACGUUCAAAUCCGUCCAACAACUUCACCACAGAUUCAAGACGGGCACCAACGAGUACAUUCUUGAGAAGGGACCCGAAGCACCCAAAAACGUACCAAAACUCUCCUUUCGAACGAAGAGUCUCCUCUUUGAGCUGGAAGACGGCGCUUUUGAAUGGAAGCUGGGCGUCAUAUACCGCGCUGGCCUAGUUGAAAUGAAGCAGCGUCAGGCGCGUGAAGAGGCGUUCCGCGUCAAAGUCAAGAAGAUCCAUGAGGGAGAGUCCCGAAAAGGGUCGUCCAAGUUCCGUUCCCGGUCUGUGGCUCCUCAAGAAGAACCCCCCACGCCCGGUAUGCCCGAGACCAGAACUCGAAGCAGCGAUGGCCGACGCCGGUCCGCAAGUGAAGGGCGCGUGCGGGGCCGGGCCCCAAGAUAUGACCCAGAAGGCGGCUCCCGAACAAUCACCGGGAAUGCUCGCAUCCCAAUUGCCGAAGCCAGACACAUGCUAGAUGUGCACAAUGCGAGGAGCUGGAAGCAACGCAUCGACGAGCAGUUUGACCUUGCCAGAAACUCGGUCAAGGACAUGCGCGCACACUUCUGGGGCAUGAACGAGAUUCCAGACGACUUGGAAGACAGUGAGAAGAUCCUGGAGGUGCCACAACGGCCCGCGUUAAUGGCAACUCUCAUCAACGACUUGCACAUCGUCGUGGAUAAGCCAUCUUUCCCGAUCAGGGAGCUUCCGGAUUUCCUGCACAAAGUUGGAAAGGGCAUGCCAAGGGACAUGAAGUACGCUCUGCUCGUCCCAAUGAGCCUUCAGGUCAGCAUGGGAGAAGCGAGAAUAUCUCUCCGCGACUACCCUCUGCCUCUACUACAUGUACCGCCAACCAAACUUGGUCAGUCUGUUCGCCUUCCAGCCUUGGCGAUGACAACGGACUUUGUCAUCGCAGAGGAAUAUCGUGGGCCGGAGUCAACCCGAAAGGUCAGAGUCCCCAUCGUGCCGCCGCGAAGCUUGGACCCGGCAUCCUCGAAUGAGGGUUCUUUUGCCGUGGACGUCCGAAGGACUACCGGGCCGGUCAAGACGUUCUCGGACAUAAGCAUUGACAUCCAUACUGCGAACGCAACCCGUAUCACCUGGGGCCCGUCGUAUCAGCCCGCGAUUCAGGACAUGAUGAUGGCGAUCGAGUCCAUGACGAAGCCACAGCUUGACCCAUCCGAAAGAGUCGGCUUCUGGGAUAAGAUACGGCUCAACUUCCACUCUCGGAUCAGAGUAGCCUGGCGCGGUGAUGGCGACGUUCACCUGGCUCUCAAAGGCAGCAGAGACCCCUACCAGGUCACGGGUAAUGGUGCGGGCUUCCUCAUGUGCUUCCGGAGCGAUGUGAUAUGGAGCAUCCAUAGCGUUGAUGACCCGAAGCGUUUUAUGACAGUCGACAGUGGUGAGUAUGUACUCGCCAUCCCCGAUUACAGCCACCAUCUCCGCGAAGCACGCCGUCAGCAUGGCGAGGACGAAAGCAUCAGGAGCGAUUCCAGCCUGAAAUCCGGCGCCACCUUCAGGAAGGUCGUCAUGAAGCUCUCCGGCAAGGUGCAGUGGCUUGCCGGCCUUGUGUUUGAGCGGGCCAUCGAGCAAGGGAACCGGAGCUUCGACUUCAAGCCUCACUACGAAGUUGUGCUCAAAUCCCCAUAUCAUGCUAAACCCCAAGAUGGUCUGCCGUACGACGCUUUCCGCGGGUUCCGCAGCCAGCACAUUCACCUCUCCCUGGCUGUUCGCGCCCCACUUGACCGAGAAUGGUCGGGCUCCGUCACCGAACCGUCGCGCAGUUACAACACGAUUCACCUCACGCCUCGCUUCUUCACCCACUUUUUUGCGUGGUGGUCGCUUUUCUCCGGGCCACUGUCUCUCCCCAUUCGACAGGGCUCGCUUUGGCCUGGCCGGGAGAAGAACAGUAAGAAAUUCGGCAGACAUCUGGCCACCAUCAAAUACAACGUUUUACUGGCCCCAUUGUUUGUCAGUCACAUCUACAAGCACAAAGAUGCCGAGGAUUACUGUGAAAAUGCGGUUUCGGCGACCGGCAUCAAAGUCCGGCUGGACAGCUUCAUGCUGGACCUGCACCAGAGACGGGAGGAGUUCAACACCAGGGACCGUGGCAGGAAUACGCAGUCCAGAACAACAGGUAUGAAAAUACACGCGGGUCAGCUGGAUCUGGUAUCAGCGGACGUCCGUGCUGUUUCGGCUAGCAUCCGGGGCACAACAGCGGACGCCAUGAUGAGACAAUCCCUCUCGACUUUCAUCACGGAUCAGGAAGGCGACGGCACGGAUCUUUCCCGCUUCACGAUCCCCGACAACGAUCUGACGUGGAUUGACAUGGACGACUUUGUUGAACUGGAUUGGAUCUUGCCGACCGAGCCGAACCCUGACACCAAGAUCUUGCCACUCGCAUUUGCCCCUCGAGUUACAUACUUCCGCCAGACGGACAUCAACGGCAUGAUUAAUGGGGAUCCGAAUAGGUCAAGUCCAUUUGGCAAGGAACCUACACACUUCUGUAUCAUGAGCCAAGACGACGACCCUAGAAGGGUGCAAUGCCAACUCAUUCGCCGACGACUGGAGCAGCUAGAUGAGCAAAUGGAGGCGCACAACCGAAACCUGGGCCAGAUUGAGCUUCGUCUUGUGCGCGAGGAUCCAGCAGACACGGAUCUCAGGACCGAGUUUGAGAUUCUGAACCGGCACUCGGGAGUCCUCGCCGGGAAGAAGGUGUUUCUGCAGGGCAUGUUGGACGAAAUGACGCCGCAAUCAUCAAACGGGGAGAGUCAAGAGACCACAGCCCCAGAGAGAUCUCUUGGGCCAGCUCCCAGCCUUCAGAGGAGUAUGACGACCCCUGCCAUUGCGGAGUUUGCGAGCGAUUUCAAGAACCGGUUCGUGGUCCACAACAUGCAGUUGAAAUGGAACAACACCCUGAGGAACAUUAUCCUCCGCUACAUUCACCAAGUCAGCCAGCGCAGGGGUUUCGUUUACUAUUUGUCGCGUCCCGCGGUCAAGUUCAUCUUGGAUCUCGUGGAAGAACAAUCCAAGUCCAAGACAGGCAACGGCGGUAGCGUCCCCACGCCACGAGCUCCUGGGAGCAAUCCCGAUUCGAAUGGAACAGGUCCAGACACGGAGAAGGAUAUCGAGGAUCGCAUCCGCAGGAUUUUGCAGGACAGCAAGAAGUUUGCGAGCUCUGACAAUGCCGAUGGCAUAAAUCCUUCCAUGGCCGAUCUGUCAAGCGGCAUUGCGGAUGUGUUCACAACCCAAAACAGCUACCAUGUCCGCCUAAUCGCACCGCAGAUUCAGCUGCAGAGCGACAAGAACAAGAAGCACGUGGUUCUCUCCACGUCCAAGGGCAUGGAGCUCAAGGUAGUUGACGUUCUCGACAAGAGCAGAAUGUCGGAUAACGUCAGCGGUCUUGUGCAGCGGCGCUUCCUCGUCAACAUGGACAGCACGCAGUUCUUUGUCACCCAUCAAAAAUGGUUCUCAACGCAGCUGGUGUCUAUGUACUCGGGGAAUACCUAUGGCACCCCCUCAGGCUCGUCCUGGCCGCCGUGGGUUCCGAUGGAGGUUAUGUUCGACUUCCAGUCAGACCCGUUUGGCUUCAAACGCGUCGUGCAGAAAACCUCGGCCAUGCUCCGAUACGAUAAGUACAACACGCUCCGUCUCAAGUACGAUGAUGAGGUCAACACCAGUGAGGGCCCGAACUCGGCCCUGCAUGAGAACAGCGAGAGCAGGACGGACAACCUCUGGGUUGAGUUCCCGCGGGCGCACGCCUUGUGCAACUCUUCGCAGUACUACGCAGUUUACGUCAUUGUCCUGGACCUUCUCAUGUACAGCGAGCCGCUAGAGAAAACCAGAAACGAGAAACUCGAAAAGAUUCUGCUGGCCUCCGACUUCAGUGACCUCAGGGGCGUUCCCGAGAUGGUCAUCAAGCUCCAGGAUCGCGUCCGGCAGCUGGAGGAGAUCAAGAUGCACUUCCAGAUCCAUUCCAGGCACCUGGACAAGAAGGGCUGGAAAGAUCGGCUGGUCUUGGAGCGUGACUUGGCAGCCUGUGAAGACGAACUGUUCUUCGUGAUGAAAGCCAUCACGUCGUCGCAGAGGAAGUUCGACAAUAGCACCAGCAGUGCCCUGCUAAAGUGGAGCAUUAUGGCCAAGGAAAUCGUCUGGCAGCUUGUUCGCGAUAACAACGAGCCGCUCGUCGAGCUCCAGCUCAAGGACGUUGAGUAUGACCGGAUCGACAACUCGGAUGGAUCGCAUAUCAACUUGCUUCAAGUGGGCAAGAUCCUUGGUCUCAAUCUUCUUCCCGACGCCAUCUAUCCGGCCAUGGUCGCUCCAUAUGUCGAAGGAGACCGUGGCGGUUUCGACACUGGUUCUCAGCCGAUGAUUCGAGUUUACUGGAACAUGCUCGAAGCCAUUGCCGGCAUCCCCGUCAUGGACCACUUCGAAGUGUCGCUCUUCCCGCUCAAAAUCCAGCUGGAGCGCGAGAUCGGGAAGAAGCUCUUCGAGUACAUCUUCCCAGGCACCGAUGGCGGCAAGAUAUCCAGCGGCAAGAACGACUCCCCUUUCAUAGUCAAACAGUCUCCGGAAGAAGAGGACGACGAGGCGGACGAAGAGUCCCUGGCCGACUCGAUCCGGCUUCGCGCAGCCAACAAAGACCAAGAUGAUGCGCCCUUCACGACACGGGCCGGGUCUCUCGAGCUCCGACUGCGCCCGACACUAACAUCGGAUCCAGACCAAGCGUCCAUCAAGCACAAGGCGCUCAGUGUGCAUUCGGGUGAAGGGACGUCUAUCCGGCUCUUCCGAGCAGGUACUGGAUUCAAGGGGGUGAACAAGCAGCGGUCCUACGACUCGCUGCGCGCCAGCGCCCCGCGGCCCGGAGUUGGCAGGACGGGUACUGGCUUGUCUUCCAAGGAUGGCGUGUCGACCAGCGGUGAGUCCAAAAAGGCAGCACGCUUCGUAUUGCGGCAUAGAUCCGGUGAGGGUGACAAAGCCAAGAACUCGGACGACCUUUCCAAGAUGAUGGACCGAGCAUCCAACUACAUGACGUUUGCCUACAUCAAGAUGCCUUCUGUCGUUCUCUGCCUGAGCUACAAAGGCAAAGGAGAGCGCAACUUUGAAGACGUGCACGACUUUGUCUUCCGCCUGCCCACCAUCGAAUACCGCAACAAGACGUGGUCGAACCUGGACCUUGCCCUGGCCCUCAAGAGCCGCGUCAUCAAGGCGCUGAUCAGUCACACGGGCGCCAUCAUCGGGAACAAGUUCUCCAGACACCGGCCCAACACGGCUCAGCAGUCCAAACUGCGCGAGCUCGCCACCAGCUCGGUGCUCCUCGCGACGCCGACCGCCUCCGAGUCGCGCGACAACAGCGGUGACGACUCGUCGUCGCUCUACGGCAACUCCCCCGUCGACUUCUCGCGCUCCCCGCCGCCGUCCAUCCGCCGCUCGCAGACGUCCAUCCCAAUCCCGACCUCGUCAACUAGCCGGAGCUCGAGCGUCGCGUCCUCGAUGCGCUCGCACCGCUCCGGGGUGGGAGGACCCCAUGUCACGGUGCAGACCCAGGCGACGGGUGCCGUGCCGAGCUUCCUGAUGGCGCCGCCUACCCCCUCGGCGACGAUGCCGCCGGAGGGGCGGAGUCUUGGGAGCAGUAAGUCGGGGCUUACCAGUCUGCUCAGGCCGGCGUCGAGUGGUUGGUCGAGGCCGCUUGGUGGUGGUGGUGGCGGAGGCGGUUAUAGCCAUAAUCAAGGGAAUGCAGGCGUGGCAGGAGCAAACAGGCCGGGGAGUAGUAGCGGAGUGACUACUGCGUCUGGAUCUUCUCCGAGACGGUCGGGGACGGGCCGGACAGAGGAGAGGGAGAGUCCGGAGCGGAGGAGGACGGCUGGCAUUGGGGCGAGUGGAGGGUUGAGAGACAAGAUUCAUGCACUGACUAGCCGGCUGAAGGAGAGGGAGAGCACGCCUGUGCAUGCCGGGGGUGGGGACGGGGCGGAUGAGAAUGGGGAGGAGAACGGGCUCAUGAGGAAGACUAGCCGGGUGAGGGGUUGAAGGUCAGGGGAAUUCUGGAUAUGGCGGAACAGGGAUGGCUUGGGAGCAUACAAUGGAAUGCUUUUCUGCUUCAUCAACAUGGGCAACUAGUUAUAGAUGGUUGGGGAACACCUUAGGGCCCACACUUGUUGCAUUGUUUCGGAGCAUUGGAGGGUUUCUGUUUCGCGCGCUGGGCAGACCGCUGCGCGCCAUUACUUUUGAGUAGCUGUCUAAUUUCUAAAAGACUGUCAACUUCGACAACAUAUUUUCCUACGCUGAAA